GAAAAAAAGAAGGUUAGCAAAAGCCAAAAAAAAAGGCAGAGUCACCGACUCCGCGCAUCUUGUUUGCAUCUCUUCUUUCAAUUUCCUUUUCAUUUCACGUCCUAUCUCCGUUCUCGAUCGUUUCUCCGUGUCCUUUCUUGUUUUUUUUCUCUUUCUUAACACUUCCCCCCUUCCGUCGUGCCUAGGUUCCCCUUCCUCGCUUUAGUCUCUGUCUGGAUGGAUACCCUGUGGCCAUGAACACAGAGAAUCACACCGAAAUAACAGCCACCAGAACCAGCCCAGCCCCGAGUACUGCGGGCUCGACGGGAACCUCUGGGAUUACGGUGCGCACUGCACCCGGCGGACACAUGAGUUUUCGAAGACAACGUGCGUCGCGUGCUUGUGAGACAUGUCAUGCUCGCAAAGUUCGUUGCGAUGCUGCCAGCCUAGGUGUUCCAUGCACCAACUGUGUGGCAUUCUCCAUCGAAUGCAAAAUUCCGACCCCGAAACGCAAGAAGAACCAAUCCAAGUCGAAGGACUCUGAAGGAAGCGAGGAACGCGAUGAGAAGCCACCCGAGGCUAAACAAGAACCGCCCACCAUCACUACCACGGCACCGCCUGCAAGCGUAACUCCUAGCAGCAGCAAUGCCACCUUUGGAUACCGGGAGAGUCAAAUGGCGAUGGAUGGAAUGCCGGUAACUAGCCUCACCGAAUCUCAAGCUGCGAAACAAGCGUCCCAUGACUCAGCCUAUGCCCAGUUCAUGAAGCCCAAAUUCGCAAGGGCCCCGAUCAAGGAAGCUGGAAGAGUUGCCUACCUUGGCGAGUCAUCGAAUUUAUCGCUCCUAGUUCAAGAUCGCCAUGGCACCACCGACGUCGUGCACUAUCCUCUACCCCCGAACAUGGGAGGCACACGCGCGAGAGUCACAGACCUGGAUAGCCUGGAGCUUGAUAUCCUUCACCAACGUGGUGCUUUUCUGCUGCCGCCAAAACCCCUGUGCGACGAGCUGGUUGAGGCUUACUUCAAAUGGGUUGCCCCGGUGGUCCCCAUUGUCAAUCGCAGUCGAUUUAUGCGGCACUACCGCGACCCAAAGAAUCCGCCCUCCUUACUUCUUCUCCAGGCCAUUCUCCUUGCUGGUUCAAGGGUCUGCACAAACCCGCAACUCAUGGAUGCCAACGGCUCAACAACCCCAGCUGCCAUGACGUUCUACAAGCGCGCUAAGGCGUUAUACGAUGCCAACUAUGAAGAUGAUCGCGUAACGAUUGUUCAAGCCUUGGUCCUCUUAGGCUGGUACUGGGAGGGACCGGAAGAUGUGACGAAAAACGUUUUCUAUUGGACACGAGUGGCAAUGGUAGUGGCACAGGGCUCGGGCAUGCAUCGAAGUGUGGAAUCGUCUCAGCUUAGCAAGCCUGACAAGAGGCUAUGGAAGCGAAUUUGGUGGACUCUUUUCACCCGAGACCGGUCGGUGGCAGUUGCGCUUGGACGCCCCAUUGGUAUCAACACAGACGACUCUGAUGUCGGGAUGUUGACCGAGGACGACUUUAUUGAAGACGAGAUCGAUAUUACCGCAGAGUACCCGCCCGAUCCGGUACAUGUGCAGUUCUUUCUCCAAUAUGUCAAGCUGUGCGAAAUCAUGGGACUGGUUCUUUCGCAGCAGUACUCCGUGGCCUCGAAGUCGAGACGAAUGAAUGCAAUGGAUCUGACCCACUCCGACAUGGCACUGGCAGAUUGGCUACAGAAUUGUCCCAAGGAAGUAUGUUGGCAACGACAGCAACAUCACUUUUGGGCGGCCUUGCUUCAUGCGAACUACUAUACGACGCUUUGCCUGCUGCAUAGAGCGCACAUGCCGCCCGCCUCCUCGGCUCCCAGCAGCUAUCGCGUGGAAGAGAUGACCUACCCGUCUCGGACUAUCGCUUUCCAGGCUGCAGGGAUGAUCACGUCUAUCAUUGAAGCCUUGCAAGCUCAUCAUGAAAUCCGCUAUACACCAGCCUUCAUUGUGUACAGCUUGUUCUCUGCUCUCAUCAUGCACGUCUACCAGAUGCGUUCAUCUGUGCCGUCAAUUGUGGCAACCUGCCAGGAGAGGAUCAACAUCUGCACGCAAGCUCUCAAGGAUGUGUCCAAAGUCUGGCUUGUAGCCAAGAUGGUCCACACGCUGUUCGAAUCCAUUCUCGGAAACAAGGUUCUGGAGGAACGCCUGCAGAAAGCUGCAGGCAAGAGGCAUCAGCGUGUGCGACCGGAUACAGUGCAGCAGGCCCACGUCAGAAGGCCGGAUCCGCCGAAGCGCAAGUUCGACGAUAUGGACCUCGGAUUGCCUAAUGGCGGACCGACACCUCCAGUAUCUUACGAGCGAUCUCGGCCUCAGACUCCAGCGGUCACACCGUCUCGGGAUUUACAGCCCGGUCUGAACGUGCCGCAAGGUUCACCUCCCGGGCAUGGAGGGCCCGGCAACUCGCGGGCGACAACGCGUCCGACCACACCAUUCAACCAAUUUUCCCUACCUGCCACACCACCCGACCUCUUCCUUGUUACACGGACGACACCCAACCUUUCGCCUUCUUUGUGGGAGAACUUUCAGCCCGACCAACUGUUCCCUGACGGCACGGCGUUUUUCCCAGAGCUGACAUCUCCACAGCCUGCUACGGUAGACCCGCAGUUGCAAAUACACUCUCAGGUACCUGGUAUGAUGCCGCAGCACAUGCCAGGACGGAGCAGUAUUUCAGCGUCACAUGGAAGCCCGGAGCUUCUGUCGAAUCUACCUCCAGGCGUCGCCCUGCAGGGUCAGCAUGCGCAACCCAUGUAUGGUUUGGAAAACCAACAGACAUGGCCGAUGCAGAAUCUAGAGGCGACCUUGCGUCCCAUGGAUGCAGGCAGUCAGGAUGACAACUGGAGUACGAGCUCCCGCAGUGGCCCAACAGCGCCGACCACUCUCAAUGUAGAAGACUGGUUCCAAUUCUUCGGCAUCAACGGCAGUUUUGGUGAGACGGCCACCUGAGGAAGGCUAUUAAGGUCUAGUUCAGCCCGUACCAACUGGAAUUAUUUGUGCCGCACAUGGCUAGGAAUUUAUCUGAGGACGAGGGUAGUCCUUACGUGUUUAGCUUUAUUGGGAUUCAGUCCCGGUUUUCUGCAUGGAUAUGGUGGACGUCAUGUUGAAGUCAGUUUUGGGUGAUCAAAGUCGUUCCAAGCAAGAGGCAUUAAGGAGUAUGAUGGGAGGGGCGUAUGACCUGAUGAUCUUUCUGUAUAUAUAUAUAUAUCCAUGAUACCUCACACAUAUGGAAGGAAAUGACACACUGGCG